AUGCCCUCUGUGCUUCUGUGCAAUGGGUGCACUCCCUGGCAGGGGCUUCUGCUCACAGCCUCUCUUGUAACAUUCUGGCACUACCCCACCACAGCUGAACAUGUCACUAUUGAAUCUGUCCCACCCCAUGUGGUCGAAGGAGAAAAUGUCCUUCUUCUCGUCCAGAAUCUGCCAGAGAAUCUUGCAACCUUGGUCUGGUCCAAAGGGGUAAAAAUAUCAAACAAUGUAAUUGGAUUAUAUGACCUGAACAAAGAUGUAAGUGCUCCAGGGCCUCUACACAGUGGUAGAGAGACAGUGUACAGUAACGGGUCUCUGCUGCUCAGAAAUGUCACAUGGAAGGACACAGCACUGUAUACCCUAAAAUGCUUAAAUAGACAUGGAGAUACUGCAUCAACAACCACGAUUUACCUUGAAGUGCACAGUAAGUAUACCCAUUGUGGGUGCCCUUGCUCCUCUGCCCAGCCCACUAUUGAAUUAGUUCCACCCAGCAUUGUAGAAGGAGAAAGCGUUCUUCUAGUGGCUCACAAUCUCCCGGAGAAUCUUCGAUCCUUUUUCUGGUACAAAGGUGGGAUUGUGUUCAAGAACUUUGAGAUUGCUCAGCACAUAAUAGCCACCCAUUCAACUUUGUUGGGCCCUGUACACAAUGGCAGAGAGAGAGUGUACAGCAACGGAUCCCUGCUGCUCCAGAAUGUCACCUGGAAUGACAUUGGAUUCUACACCCUACGAACUCUGAGUAGAAACAUGAAAUCUGAAUUAGUACGAGUGCAACUCCAGUUGGACACUGAGAGUGAACAACAGUUCCUGGAUGUCCAUAUUUCACAGCAUGUGAAACCAACUAGUGCACCUUUCUGA